UAUAAGAAAACGAAGUUAAACAUAAAACCUACUGUCGCUCUGGUUCCCAGAUUAUCUUGGCCCAUUUGUCUCCUGCUUGCAUUUGACAGAAUAGACAAUGUAUGCCCUUGUGGUCACCAUAGUCUUGUGGUCACUGUACACUACCAAUUAUGUCAUUUUGCCCCUGUAAGAGUAUAUAAGUUUUUAAUCCUUCAUUAUUCACACACAUUAUUAGUUGCUAAUGGAAACCUCACAACCUCUAGCCAUUGAGAGUUUUUCCUAUAGUUGGUUAUCUGACCAUAAACCCUCCUUAGAUGGCCUCAGUGAGCCCCAUGGAGUAUAUUAUGGAGGUACUCCAGAAGAAUUCGACGAUGAGAUGGUAGAGUCAAAUAGAUUUCUGACAGACCAGAACUUCAAUUUUGAUGCUAUUGCUCAAAGUCCUGCAGCUUUUAUUCAUGCUGAUGAGCUUUUCACCAACGGCUUCAUCAGACCCAUCUAUAUUCAUCCUUCGAGGAGAGAGUCCUGCAAUACCUUAGAUUCCAUCCAAACAAUGCCCAGUUCAUCAUUUUCUUCAAGAACUGAAAUUCCAACAGUGAGGAUUAAGUGCAGGUUCCUUAGAAGGUGGAGAAAAUCAACGUGGCAAAUCUUGAGAAAUCUUUUUGGACAUCUCAGACCUUCCUGCCAUAAGGGAGGGUGCUUGAGAACAAGUACCAGGGUUGAUGAUAUUGACAGGAGAACAUGGAAAGUUAAGAGCUGGAAAAGUUCACCACAAGCAUCUCCACUACAGAGUACAGCUUGUUCAAUGGGUGAUUCAUGUCAUCUUGAGAACUCAAUUUAUGAGGCUGUUCUCCACUGCAAAAGAUCGAUAGAAAAAUGAUACAUGCUCAGAUCAGGAAAAGAUAACAGUCGAAGAAAGAAGAGUACUUCUAGAAAUACAUGGCAGCUGAUCAAGCGUCAACUUGUUAUUUGUCUCAUUUAUCUGUCUUCUUUCCUGUUAGAUGUUUAUACAUAUCUAUCUUUUAAACAAGAGAGAAGUUUUUAAACUAAUAGACACAGUAUGUCUCCUCAUAUUGUAAGGAUUAAACUAAAUAUCAGAAAGUUUGUCUUUGUCAAUCUUGCAAGGACAUGGAUCUCCCA